CUGAAGUAUUUUGUACAACAAUCCAGGUGAUUAUUCGACAAAUUUAACAAAAUAUUUUAAACAAACAAACUUAAACUGCUACAAUUUGCACUGAACGUUGCAAACUUUAAAGAAUAUGGACAAACAGAUAAAUGUAGACACUUAGAAAUAACGUCGUGAGUUUAUAGGAUAUUUUUACAGUUCCAGAGGUAUUAUGGUUCACCUUUCCAUUACUAUAAAAUUAUAAUAAAAUAAAAUACAAAAGUUAAAAUGUAGUUGAAACAGUCUGUACAUCCUGACAACACUAGUUUUAAAAAAGAUUAACACGUAUAAAAUUCUUCCAGAUUCCCAUUUAUUUGAAAUGUCCAAAAAUGCAAUCGUUAUAAUUUGGAUCGUCUGAAAACUUUUAUAAAAGAAAAUUGACAUCAGAAUCAUCAGUGAAAAAACACGCUUAAAGAUACGUUUUCAAUUUUAAAUCGCAUUCAAAUUGAUGGCAGGCACACAUACAAACACAAUAAAAAGAAAACAAACGUGGUAGAUAACUAAUCAGAAAACAAAACAAGGAAGGACAGCUCGUAAAAAUAAUAUAUUUUCUUAUCCAAUCUAAGAUAUUUUUUUGCUUUCUCGAAUGCUGUUCCAAAAAGUACUGAAAAAAUGUCAAGACAACCUGUGCACAAUGCUGGCGAGGGCGAAUGCAAACAAAUACACUGAUUAAGUACUUGCGUGUUUCAGUAAAGUUUACAAUACAAAGGCAUUAGUUUUAUAGCGACUCCACUGGUUCCAAAUGUGCUUCUCAGACAGAUGUCGUGUUUCAGUGAAUAUACUUUUUGAACUGCUCUGGUGUUAGAGUGAACUGACAUCUGCUCUGCAAUGAAAAAAUAAAAUAAAAUAUUGGUGAGGCCAGAGACCUCUCAGCAUAUUAUAAUUUAAUGACAUUUGAUAGAAAAUUUUUAACUAGGCUAAGAAAAUGUAACAACAGUGAAAUACGUGCGUUAUUUUCUCAUCUAGAUGCACACACACUCGAAAAAAUGCUGGAUCUACUGUAGUUUCUCGCUCAGUGCAGAUUAUCUAGCAAUAGCUUUGAAGCAAUAUUUUAAAAUUUCUAUAUUUUUAAAAAAUAAUUAAUUUAAAAAUGGUCUCUGACAAAUAUUAUCGAAGUCUUAAGCUUGUAAAGUACUGUAACACAAAAAUAAUCCAGUUUAUUAUUAACGCGUACAUUUGUAUCUAGCAACGCAAUUCUAGCUAAAAUAGGGAAAGACCUAUUUGCCUAUUUGACAGGGCCAAUUUGGGGCACACCCACCUCCUCAAAGUGUUGGCAUAAACAGGAUGGCUAAAUUAGUUUUAAAAUAAGCCUACUGCUCGUCUAAAUUUCUUUUUACAAAGUAUAUAAAGUAAUUUUUUAUAUAAAUUUAUUGGAAAUAACUAAGCAAUGCCCUGCUGUUUUAACAAUACAAUUAAUUGUACCCUUUCCUUUAUUAUUUUUCAGUAGUUUCCGUUGAAUAUAAAUAUCAGUUCCAUUUCCAAAUUCAUUUGAAGUUUAAUAUAAUACCUAAAUUAAUGAGCACGCAGUGCGUGAGCACUCAAACGUUUUAGUGUACAAGACCUACAACUCUUAUACACCUCGAGCCUCCAUUUUGGCUUGGUGAGUGCUGCUUUUAUGCUGUAGCUACAGGAUACUCUAAUGCAGUUUUAUUAACGACAUGUUUAUGAACAAUCAGGUUUUUUUCCUCAUAAAAAUUUAUUGAGGGACAUGAAAGCAUGCAGCACCACUUGCCGAAAAUAAUCGCUGUUGUGGCCAUGUGUUCAAGCUCCGUUUCCCACCUCCUCAAUUUUGUAAAAGUCCGUUUUAUUAGGGAUGCCCCAAUCGGGUUUUUUAAAACUGGUGGUUACCAAAGUUUCAGUAUGAAACGUCAUGCUAAACCCUACUGAACCACAAAAAAUAAUUUUUUAUUUGUAUUUCAACAAAGACGGUCUUUUACAGUAAUUAGUUACAAAAUAUAAUGUAAUAAAACCAUCAGCGACUUACAUAGAUAAUGGACUGUUAAUUAUAAUAAUGGGGAAAGGAUGCUCAAAACCUAGAUAGAGCAAAUCGAGACGGCUACAUGCUCGACAAAGAUGAAUUACAGAGAGAAAUAGUCCCCCAGAAAAUAAAAAUCCUUUCUCUUCCAAGCUAAAUGUCUUUUCUCAUCAGAAAUUUACAUGUUAGGGCAAUAUAGUAUCUAUCUCUAGUAGAGUGUGUAAGGUUACCUAAUGAAACAUCUGAAUUAAGCAGCCUACUGGAAUCCAGAAGCGAAUAAGUAUUGCAAGACAACCCGCGCAUUGAUCUGCUGUGCGCUUUUUUUCCAGGGGGUAAAUGUAGUCACGUGUUUCAUAGUCAUCCAAUCGCAGCCGGGGAAGCUUUCAGAAAUAAUUACCUGGCUUGAUUGUUCUAUGGGCAGAUAAAAAAAAGUACACAUGCACUCCAUAUAAUAAUCGGAUGCAUGUAAAAGAGACGGAAACAGCGCCAUGUCGACUACGGGUCCCAUAAGUAAUUAUUAUGUGGAUUCCUUGAUCAACCAUGAGAGCGAGGAUGUUCUGGCGUCUCGUUUCCCGACUACUGCUCCGAUAUCCUCCGGCUCACGCCCGACGCCUCUCGUGCCGGAGUGCGUGGAUUAUCCGUCGUGCAGCUUUGCCCCGAAACCACCAGUUUUCACUACCUCUUGGGCCCCUGGUCAUUCACAGUCGUCGGUGGUUUACCACCCGUACACACACCAACCUCAUUUAGGAACAGACUCGAGGUAUGUCCGCUCGUGGCUAGAGCCUAUUCCUGGUACUGUGUCCUUUCCAGGCUAUGCAGCUAACAGCAGGCACUAUGGGCUAAAGCCUGAUGCCUUUCAGGAUCCCCGAACUACAGACUGUUUAGCUUCAAACGGACGCACCUAUUCGGAUUAUGUCUACUGUUCUGCGGUCGACAUCAGGGAUAAGCAGCAGAAUGCAUCUUCCCCCGAGUCUGAGAUCGUUUCUUCCGGAAAGCACAAAGACGAGAAGGCUGAACUGGACCCAAAUAAUCCAGUGGCCAACUGGAUCCACGCGCGCUCCACUAGAAAGAAGCGAUGCCCUUAUACAAAAUAUCAAACACUUGAACUCGAAAAGGAAUUUUUAUUCAAUAUGUAUCUAACAAGAGACCGGCGAUACGAGGUGGCCAGAGUGCUGAACCUGACGGAACGACAGGUCAAAAUCUGGUUCCAGAACCGACGAAUGAAGAUGAAGAAAAUGAACAAGGAAAAGAGCGACAGCAAAGAAUAAAUCGUCAAUACUUUUACUCAAUACAGACUGAAGGAAAGUUUAGAAAUUUGUCUUAAGUCUUAACAAUUAUCACCUUCCUUGCAACAGGAACAGGAAACACAAAGACACAAUGAUAGUGUUCUUGAUACGGUGUAAUUAUUAUUUCGUGUGACUGCAAUUUUACCAACCUAUGUUGUAUUAACACUAUAAGUAAUUGCACAACUCAGCCUAUUAGGAUUUAGAUUACGUUUCUCCAUUUUACAUUCUUUAAGAACUGCCCCCGGCGUAGAAGCAAGACAAUACUUGAACUCCUCAACUUAUAAACUUCCUAAUUUAUAAUUUUUACCUGAAUGUUUCUCCGAUGUGUGUUUUGAUUUUUUUUUGUAAAAGAUGUAGAACUUCGAUAUUUUGUAACGAGUAACAUAGUUUAAAACAUUUACGUCAAAAUGUUUUUGAUGUUUUUAAUGUAAUUGUUUGUGCAUUUUCAUUCUUUAUUUUUCAUAAAAUUGUAAAAAAAAACCCAAAAAAACAGUAUGUAUUGUAGAUGCUUAAAUAUACUCUACUGCCAUCUUAUUAGCGUAACUGACUGUUAUAUUUUCUGACUAUCAGUGUUAU